UGUACGUUCCGGUAUAGACCUUCACAAUAAAUCGCAGAGUAAACGCGUGGGUGUGCGUCAAAUAAAUGCCUGUCCAAUUCAAAACAUUGCAACAAACAAUUUAUAUGAAUACGUUUUAUUUGAGAGACUAAAAUUUCCAAAAGUAUACAUUGAAAACCACACUUAGACAUUUUGGCCCUCUUUUCCGGAGUUGACUAUCUCUUAUUUUGACAUCUUGAAAAGUACUUCAACUUCUGAUCAGCUGAGCGUCACCUGACUGUUGCCCGACUACCUGCAGCCUGAUUUGUUAAAACCGGACAAUUACUUGUCAUACUACCAACACAAAUACACAAAACUUUAUUGGGUACGGCAUUGUGCAGUGCAGUUAUCAAAAAACGGAAUGACAACAAUUAAGAAUAAAAAUAAUAAUGCAGAAAAUAUUUUUCACCUGUCGAGGGAAUUGUCAAUAAAUGAUAUUCUUCAGUAUUUUUUUUUGUAAUAUUCCAGAAAAUAAAGAUGGAGUUUGACAAUCUGCUGUUUCAGAUCCUGUUCUUGUUCGUUUGUCAAUAAAGCUUCUCCAUUUUGAACUACAAUGGCAGCCAACAUGUUUUCCACAGCUCAGAGAUGCGCCGUGACUUUUGUACCUUUUAGCAAUAUCCCGACUUUAACGAUCAUCCGUUCUCAAGUCGUCAGCAACACAAUUCAAGGUUACACGAACUCGAGGAAGCUCUGUUCAUCCACGUCAUUCUCCUCACACUCUCCCACCAUCGAUUCCGGUGACACUGUCACCCAGUACGACCGCUUGGUUCAGCGUGGCUCUUUGAGGAAAGAUGCUUUGCAGAGGUGCGUUCUUCAGCGACUGGCUCGCCUGCAACAGACGCUCCAAAACUACAGUAACGCUCCCUACUUGAACUCGCCUCCCCUGACAAUGAACUAUGACAGACUUCAGAAAAGGACAGAGUCCUCCCUUAUAACAACUGGAGUAUCUGCUCAAAAGGAUGAAGAUGUUCCUCCUCCCCCGCCUAAAGGCUUCUAUAUUUAUGGAGAUGUUGGCACCGGGAAGACCAUGCUCAUGGAUAUGUUUUACGGCGGGCUGCAAAACAACCAGAAAAAGAGAGUCCACUUCAACGGCUUCAUGCUGGAUAUCCACAAAAGGAUCCACCGGAGGAAACGAAGCCUGCCGAGACGAAAGCUGGGCAACAUGUUCACCUAUGACCCCAUCUCACCGGUUGCCGUGGAGAUCUCCCGUGAAACCUGCCUCCUGUGUUUUGACGAGUUUCAGGUGACGGACAUCGCCGAUGCAGUGAUCCUGAGGCAGCUUUUCCAGACGUUGUUUAAGACCGGAGUGGUGGUGGUGGCCACGUCCAACAGACCUCCCGAUGAUCUGUACAAAAACGGACUUCAGAGGGACACCUUUCUACCUUUCAUCGACAUGCUGAAGGAGUCCUGCCAUACUAUCUGCCUCGACUCUGGUGUGGACUACAGGAGGCUGCAGGAGACUGGAGCAGGAAAACGCUACUUCCUGACAGGAGAGCCUGGCACAGACGUUGUGUUGGAUGCGAUGUUUGACGAGCUGGCUUUUACCCAAAAUAGCUUUACCGGUCCGAAGGUGCUCACCGUGCUGGGCAGGGAAGUGAUGCUGGAGAAGACCUGUGGCUCUGUCGCAGACUGUACUUUUCACGAGCUGUGUGGCAGAUCUCUUGGAGCCAGCGACUAUCUGGAGAUGGCGCGGCUCUUUGACACGGUGUUCAUCCGCCACGUUCCCAUGCUGACAUUGCGCAUGAAGGACCAAGUCAGGCGCUUCACCACCCUCGUCGACAACUUCUAUGACAAGAAGGUGAGAGUGGUGCUACAGGCUGCAGCUCCAUUAGAGCAGCUCUUCACCCAUACUGGAGGAGAUGAUGAGCGCGACCAACAGCUCUUGGAUGACUUAGGACUGAAGGAGGAGGUGGCAGAGCGUCUCACUCUUUUCACGGCUGAGGAGGAGAUCUUUGCCUUUCAUCGGACUGUUUCCAGGCUCGCGCAGAUGCAGACAGACACUUACUGGGUGGAGGGAGAUCGCAGCAAAAAACACCUCGACACAUAAUUUUCGUUCGUGGCUACCUGAUCUGUAUGUUGCAUAUAAAAAAAUAAAUAAAUAUAAACCUACUGAUUUUUAA